CAGGAACGGGUGAAAGCUUGACAACUGUAGUUGAAAAAUUACAAAUAAGUUGCGCGACACCUCUGACUAUUAACUUAUUUGAUCAGGAAAAGAGGAAACCUGGCAGUUUAUAGAGGUUUACUUAAAGUAUUUGUUACUUUAAGUGCAUCCACUGUGCUUGGUCAGCCCUGCUAUUAUUUGGGAGACUUUUCAUCUAGGAAAUUAAGAAGAACAAAUUCUAGAAGUAGGCUGCUAAUAUUUUGUAAGAGGAGAAACAUGCCAAAGUUCCAAGAAGCUGGAAAACCUGUUCUGAACACUUUAAAAAUGGUCUCUAUUGGAUCCCGGAUUGCCAAAAGAUAUUUGGUUAAAGACUUGGAAGAGGAAGUUUUGGGAUGGUUUACCUUGUACUGGAUGAGAAAUCCCCAAAAGGAGAAGAGCUGAAAGUCUUAAAGGAGAUAUCGGUUGGAGAUCUGGAGCCAAAUGAGACUGUACAGGCUAAUUUGGAAGCACAGUUGCUCUCGAAGCUUGACCAUCCAGCGAUUGUUAAAUUCUACUCCAGUUUUGUAGAGCAAUUUAGUUUCUGCAUCAUUACAGAAUACUGUGAGGGUAGAGAUCUACAAUGUAAAAUUGAGGAGUAUAAGCAAGCUGGUUUGAUGUUCCCUGAAAGCCAGAUCAUCGAAUGGUUUAUACAGUUACUACUGGGAGCCCAGUACAUGCAUGAGAGAAGAAUACUCCAUAGAGAUUUAAAAAGCAACAACAUCUUCUUAAAAAACAACAUUGUAAAAAUAGGAGACUUUGGGGUAUCUCGUCUUCUGAUGGGUUCGUGUGACCUGGCAACUACAUUUACUGGGACACCCUACUAUAUGAGUCCAGAGGUACUCAGCCACCAUGGAUAUGAUUCCAAGUCUGACAUAUGGUCACUGGGGUGCAUUUUGUAUGAAAUGUGCUGCUUGCAUCACGCAUUCACUGGUCAUAACUUCAUGUCAAUUGUUUUGAAGAUUGUGGAAGGUGAGACUCCGUCACUGCCAGAUCAUUUCUCCAGAAAUCUCAAUUCAAUCAUGACAAGCAUGUUGCAAAAGAAUCCAUCACAUCGACCAACAGCUGCAGAAAUUCUGAAAAUUCCAUAUAUCGACCAACAGCUCCAGAAUAUAAAAUGCAAGUUCUCGAACAUAAGCAUGAACAACAAGACGACAAGCUCCCAAAAAGAAGCUCUGCAAAUAAAGAAAGCCUUUCAGAAGAAAGUUCAUCUGCAAACACUACGUGAGCAGUCUGAAGUCCAGAAAAUGACUCCACGAGAGAGGAUGAGACUCCGGAAAUUGCAGAGUGCAGAUGAAAAAGCUAAGAAAUUGAAGCAACUGGCUGAGGAGAAGUAUCAGGAAAAUCAUCAGCGCAUGCAACAACUGAGGAAUCGCAACUUUCAGCAAGUCAGCGUGGAUGUUCUGCAUGAAUCUAAUGAGUGCAAAACAUCACAUGUCAACCAGACACAACCAGUGACAGCUCAUGACUUCCAGUUGUUUGAACAUGCAGAGCUCAAAGGAAAGAGGAUUUCAGAUCGACUGUGCAUGUCUGAGCCACCUGAUCAUGCGAUCCCCGAAGAUCCAGAAGUAGCGGAAGAGUUUUAUCAUGAAGAUGCUUUUGAAUCUUGUUCUGAUGAAAACCUAGAGACUGAAGAAUCUAAUGAAGAAAGUGAAUGUACUACUUCCAAAACUUAUGAACAGGACACUGAUGUUGAAGCCCUGGUAAGGUGCAUGGAGGAUGUUCUGGACAGUAGAACAUUAGACAGUGGCACCGUGACUUCAACUGUGUACCAGGGACCGACAACCAUCAACUGUGCCAUGGCACGGGCCAAGAUAAACCGCAUGAGGGAGGCAGCCAUUCAAAAACUGGAAGCAGAUGUGUUCCAGAGAAUUUAUGACUAUCUGAAGAAGGCACGGAGAGAAGACACCAAGGACACAGAAGUCAUGGAGAACCUGGAAAGGUUGGGUGCCAAACCAAGCAACUGCUUUGAAGUUGAUCAGCUUCUGUACUUCGAGGAGCAACUACAGGCAUCUUCAGCAGUAACUCAGCACUAAUGAUUCUGGCCAAUGAUUAAUGCAGUCGGGGAUCUCCUCCUCAACACCGGCUAUUAGGGAACAUCAGUUCAUGCUGUAAUAGAAGUGAAAAACACUGAAUGGUCGCAAGUCAGACAGCAUCCGUGAGAGAAAGACAGAGUUAAGGUUUUCAGGACUGAUGAAAGUUAUUAGAUCCAAAACAUUAACUGUUUCUCUCUUCAUAGGUGUUGCCUGAUCUGCAGAGUUUUUACAGCAUUUUCUAUUUUGGAUUUCCGGCAUUCACAGUAAUCAAUUCACUUAAUACUCUGGUGCCCCAGUAACAGAAGCAAAGUAAUUUAUAUGCAACUUAAUCCCAACUUGAAUGGACCAGGUUGUUUUAUAAUGAGAAACUUUACUGAAAAGAUUCCUGACUGAACUUUUAAAAUUUAUGCAUAUUUUGAGGAAAUUACAAAAAGCAGUUAGUUAAAGGAUUGCUUUUCUGCACUUCAGAAGUGAACAAAGACAAACGUUGCUAUUUAUCAGCAGACAAAUGAGGGUAGUUUCUCCAGAAUUUAUAGUAUGUAACUUUCAGUGAUUUUUCAGUGCCCUUACAAUUAGUGUUAUUUUGGAUAAAUAAAACAAAAACUUCAAUUUAUUACUCUUUAAUUAUG